AUGACAGGCACGAAAGCCAACAUGUAUAGCAGAAGCGCCUUGAGCAUAGUUCGAAUUCACUGCUAUUUGCAUUUCAGAAUGGCUACGCCUGCUCAGCCCAUGAGUGCCGCAAAAAUCUCUCCACUUGUAGGCCGGAACGUGGCAUUCAGAGGAGCCAACAACAAAUAUUUAGGGUGGUACAAAGGCGGGUUUCUAAGAUUCUGUUACGAUGAUCUCACCAGUCCUUUGGUAAAACAUGAGCUGGUAGAGGAAAAUGGUGAUAACGAGAAUGGUGAGAGGCAUGUGCAUAUAAAGUGCUGCUUCAACCAGAAAUUCUGGUUGAAAGAAGACCCUGAGAGCGCCCUCAUCGUUUCCGAUGGAAGCUCAAGUUCGUCGUGUACUCUCUUCCGCCUUUUAUUUCACAAAGAGAAUGCUGUGCGGCUGCAUUUGGUGCAACAAAACGAGCCUUUGGCUGUAAGCAAUAACCUGGAGAGCUACUUAUUUGCCCACUCCCAGGCGGAGGGGCUCUUGUACGCCGAGUCCCUUGAUAUUCUUCCUCAAUAUGUGCCCUUCAAAGGAGAUAACGGUUCUUAUCUGGGAUGCGCAACAGUGGGACCGUUUGCGACAACGUACUGGCUUCAGUUCAAUGCUUGCAAAGUCGCCGACCCAAACGUGCCCAACGAAGUGGAGGUCUCGUCCGAUGGCAUACAAAUUCGGCACUUGACUUACGAUAGAUACUGGAAUCGAAUGUCUGACACCUAUGUUGCGAUCGAUCCUGACGGUAAAACGGGCGAGACUGACCACCACUUCAAACCCGUUCUGGUUGAUGAACAUACCGUGUCUCUGCUGUCCCUUGGCAACAAUUUGUUCUGCUCACGGUGGUACAGCAGUUGGUCUGGCUGGCACUACUUAUGCCCGUGGGUGUCUACAAUCGACCAAUCUGGUGGAGGAACCCGUGGUUUGGCGCAGGGUACACUCGAUCCAGUACGACUUGGACAACGUUGA